AUGGGCAGCUUUUUCAAUCCCGUUGACGACAAGUACCACUACGACCCAGACAGGCACAUUCCCGACCUGUCAGGAAAAGUGAUCAUCGUGACUGGAGGGAACAAUGGCAUCGGCAAAGCCACGGUCAUGCAACUGGCCAAACAUAACCCCAACCGCAUCUACCUCACGGCACGGUCCAGGGCCAAAUACGUCGAUGCAAUGGUGUCGGUCCGUGAGGCCGCACCGAAUGCACGAGUCGAGUUCCUAGAGCUGGAUCUUGCCUCGUUCGCUUCGAUCAAGAAAGCGGCCGAUCAUGUGAUUGAGUCCAACGACCGGCUUGACAUCCUGGUCAACAACGCCGGCAUCAUGGGUCUGCCGCCGGCACUGACCCAGGACGGCUACGAAGUCCACUUCGGCACCAACCAUAUGGGCCAUGCCUUAUUGACCAAGCUGCUUCUUCCACUUCUGCUCAAAUCGGCCGAGCAUUCGGAUGUGAGGAUAGUCAAUGUCAGCUCCGAGGGCCACAAGCUUGCGCCGACCGGCACCUUUCUCCCCGAUAAAGUGACAACGCCCAUGAGUGAGUUUCAUUCUUACGUCGCUUACGGACAGUCCAAGAUCGCCAAUAUUCUUCAUGCCCGCGAAUUGGCCAAGCGAUACCCUCAAAUCUUGUCAACGUCGGUCCACCCAGGACGGGUGGCCACGCCGAUCCUGGACCAGAUGUUCACCAAACGCUCCUUCACCGCCUAUCUUCAGAAGUUUUAUGAUGCCAUUGCUGGCAUGUUGACUCCAGAGAUGGGUGCUUUCACAUCCCUUUGGUGUUCGACGUGGAAGAAAGAGGACGUGCAAAACGGUGGGUACUAUACUCCCAUUGGGAAAUUGUCGCCCGGAGACAAGAGGAGCCAAGACAUGGAGGUGUCCCAGAAGCUUUGGGAAUGGCAGGAGGACGAGUUCAGAAAGCAUGGAUAUGCCUGA